AUGGAAGCCAGACGUUUAUGUAGUAAACAGGUUUGCAAUUAUCAGAAGCAAUUCACUUUCAGUCUUACUUUUGCUGCCUGCAGGGGUGGAGAGCAUGGAGUAGCUUCCAUCGCACAGCUUGCUUACGUGGACAGCAACGGAGAUGUCAAUGUGUUUGUGUACAAUCCUGUUUCAUUUCUAUGUCUUAUGAAGGCAAGUGACGAUCACCUCUUUGACAUAUGUCGCUCAAACGUACUUUUGCGAAGAGUUUAG